GUUGACGACUCAUUUCAACUGGCAGAUCUCAAGCUCAAGCAUAGUGUGGCUUGCGAGCUGCGGGAAAUGGUCGAUACGGUGCAUGAAGGCGCCAGGGUCUUCUCCCACCUCGUACCUGCUCUCAUUGACAUGCUACGGUCUGGAGAACCCGCUUUUAGGAAGGAUACACUCGAGUAUCAAUUCCGACGCGCCCUCCUGGACAUAAUCCACCGCUGCCCGCCUCAGGCACACACGCAAACUCUUUCCAUAUACAGCGGCCUACUCCAUAUACUGCGACAUGACAACGAAGAAAAUGGAGUCAUAUGCUGUAAGACUAUCAUUGACCUCGUCAGGACUCAUAGGGCGUUCCCGGAGGAAGCCAUGUCCGAGUUCAUGACCAUCGUCCGCAUGCUGCUGCAAAACAUGCCGGGUUUGGUGCAGGAUUUGCUGUCGGAAAAUUCUACUCCGAUUGAUACGAACACAUUGCUACCGAGCAUUCGCAGCUUCAAGGUUGCUGCCGAGGUCGGUCUGGUGUUGGUGACCUUCUCGUCGUCACCGCAGAUCAGCCGGCAACUCGUUGCCCCUGCGAUCCAGUCUUCCCUGUCCCUGCAUUUCGACGUUCUGGCUACGCAAGCACCUCAGCAACAGAAAGCGCGGGAAGAAUACGAGGCUAUGGGUGGAAUAUGGGCCGGCAUGGCGCCUACUAUCGUCAAUUCUCAAGCAUACGCCGAUUUCAUUCAAGUCCAGAUUAAGGUUUUGUCAUACAUCGCAUACGCCCUCCGCUCGGCGCCCGACGUUUAUGAGACGUACGGUAACACUAUGGUGUUGACCGCGCUCCGUCUUCUUCAGGACUGUCCUGAUAGCCAUGUGGCAAUCCGGAAGCAGGCUACGAAAGCAGCUUUCCUAUACGCUCGCCUUUUGCAAGAUACCACGCUAAGCGCAUCAUUGCACAUUUUGUUUUGCAAAAUGUUGUUCAAUUUGGCGGAACCCAUAUUUGCUCACGACACUCAACCGAACGCCAUACGAACAGUCUCAUUCAUGUUCGAAGUUCUCGCGAACAGGCUGGAAGCCUUGACCUUCCUCGGAACGCAAGUUGGAGAACGGAUUGAGAGGAUCAAGAAAGGGGACAAGCAAUCUUCCCCUAUCGCUCAGAUUGAGGAAGGAAGGACGAUUUGUCGCGCAUCCUGGGCGGUACAGAAACCGGAAGAUUUUUUCACCGAAGUCUGGACGCACAAGAUCGACUUCUUCAUUGAGCAGGCUAGGAGGCGUCCAGCUCUCUGCCAAAUCUGCGUCUUCCUGACGUCGAAGGAGCAUCUUUCGCCGGCAUUGACAUCCAUCGUCUUGCGUUACCUGGUGGAUAGGCUACCAGCAUUGGGGAAUGAACCAAAGGACGCCGCAGUUGUCACCAUUCGGAUGUACAAAUUGGCAUUCAAUGCUGUGUCGCAGUUCCCUUCGCUGAACGAACCAAUCCUGGCCACCCAUCUCGGUAAACUCAUCAUGGACUGCUUUCCCCUGGCUGCGAAGAGCUCCACCCCAACGAAUUAUUUCAUGUUGUUGCGGAGCCUGUUUCGUGCAAUCGCUCAAGGAGGCGGCAAAUUCGAGCAACUGUAUAAAGAGGUCCUCCCACUGCUCCCCGACAUGCUGGAAUGCCUUAAUCGACACCUGCAUGCGUCGGAAGGCGAAGCACGCGAUAUGAUCGUCGAGUUAUGUUUGACGGUCCCUCUGCGGCUGACGCAUCUCUUGCCCCACCUUACCUAUCUCAUGCAACCUCUUGCCAUGGCACUCCGUGGUCCAUCAGGCUCGGAACUGGUUACGCAAGGGCUUCGCACGCUGGAAUUGUGUAUCGACAAUCUCACGCCGGAUUUUCUGGAUCCUACAUUGAACACGGUGCUGAGGGAGCUCAUGGAAGCCCUUCAUAUGCACCUGAAACCGCUUCCUGCUCAUCACGUUCAGUCACAUACCACCAUCCGCAUCUUAGGGAAGUUGGGCGGUCGCAACCGGAAACUGAUGUACCAACCGCCGGCCCUGUCCUACCACGAGCAUCAUGGCUCUGCCACGAUUCCCAUCGUAUUUGGUGGCGUACGUAAAGAACUCGAUAUCGCGCCCAUGUCCCUUCUUGCAUCCAAAGAGGUCGCAAAGCCCUCCGCGCCGUCUUACAGGGAAUCAUCAUAUGUAUAUGCAAAAAGCUGUCUAGCAUAUCUUCUCGACGAGGAUAUCUGUGAUAAAGACUGUCAGGACGUGUUCCUGAAAUCACUUCAAAGCCUGUUCGACGCUAUAUCAUGGCCCGAACGAGCCGAAGAGGCGUCUGACCUCCUUCGCAAAUUAUCCCAGCAGAUUUUUAGCGCCGAAAUGCGUCGAGUCCAAAACGGUCUGUCUACGGCACGACGCUACCCCAGUUGGGUAUUGGCAUGCUAUCUCGACGCUAUGACACAUGCUCUUGCUCGCGAGGAUGCCGAACAGGCCAGGAAAGCUCACGAUCUUGUCACCACUAUCGUCCGUGACCUGAUUGCAUCGCGCGACAAUGGCGAGUUUGCUCCCACCGACGUUGUCUUCAUCUUGAACCAAAUCGCAAGCCGCUUCAGUGCGCUUUGCUAUGAUGAUUUCUGGUUCCGGAAAAGCGCAGGAUGCAAUGGCAUCAAGAUGCUGACCUGCACUCCUGACUUGGGCGUGCAGUGGAUCAAUGAUCGUGAGGUCGACCUCGUACGGACCUUAAUUCACGUCCUGAAGGAUCUUCCAUCGGAUCUUCCACGGGAUGUCGACGAUGUCAUCGACAUUCUUACCCGUGUACUGCGCGUGAGCAGAGGGGAUGGGGCCAGCUCUGAAGCAAACAGUGCCGAACGAUCGAAGGUUGGCUAUCUAGUAGGGAUACUGUUUGCGGAGCUUUCCAGCGCGAAUCCAGUGGUUCGCAGGGCCGCUCAGACCGGCAUUCACCUCAUCGCCGAGCUCACUGGGCGACCAGCAACAGAACAUAUGAUGCCUUAUCGCGAGCGGAUGCUUACCACGAUAUUCAACAAGCCACUUCGUGCCCUGCCAUUCAACAUGCAAAUCGGUAUGCUGGAGGCCAUACGCUUCUGCGUCUGCUUGAGUCCCCCUUUGCUGGAAGUCACUGAGGAACUGCUCCGGCUAAUUCACGAAGCGCUCGCUUUAGCGGAUGCGGAAGAUUCUAACCUCAUAGGUCAGCGCAAUGACAGGCAAAGAAAUAUGGACCUCAUCAAACUUCGCGUCGCGUGCAUUACACUGCUCACCGCAUCUAUGCCCAUGAUGGACUUCUACGCCAAGCAUCCGACAACAAGGCAAAGGGUUACCAGUGUGUACUUCAAGUCACUCUACGCCCCUCAUCAAGAGGUAAAAGAGGUGGCGCAUGAGGGCUUGCAACUGGUCUUAGCGCAUCAAAACCGCUUGCCGAAAGAGUUGUUGCAGACCGGUCUCCGUCCGAUACUGAUGAAUCUGGCGGACCCGAAACGACUGUCCGUGUCCGGCUUGGAAGGUCUUGCCCGCCUUCUGGAGCUCCUUACGAACUACUUCAAGGUCGAAAUUGGUCACAAGCUGCUUGACCAUUUCCGUUUUGUCGCGGAUCCUCAGAUGCUCCAGGCGUCCUCCAAGCUUCCGCUAGCAGACAACGACAACAUCAUGAAGCUCGUUCGUCUAGCCAAUAUUUUCCACCUCCUCCCUUCGGCCGCGAAUAUAUUCCUGGAACAGCUUGUCAACGCCGUCGUCCAGACAGAGGCACAUCUGCACUAUUCCAGCCGCAGCCCUUUUUCUGACCCCUUGGCAAAAUAUUUGGAUCGGUAUCCGGUCGAAGCUAUGGAUUUCUUCAUGAAGAAUCUGCAUCUUCCGAGGCACGUACGGACACUGAGAAGUAUCCUGCAGGCCGGACUAGCCCCGCGUCUUCAACGAGAACUUGCCUCUCGCACCCCGACCUUGGUAUAUGUGUGCUUACAGGGCACCGACCUCAACCUCCGCACGCCCGGCCUUUUGCUCUGCGUGGAUCUUGUCGAACAAAACCCGACAUGGAUCAAUGAACACGGUUAUGUGAUCGAGGCCCUUCUCCAGACAUGGAGGAACUAUGCCCGUACUGGAGAUGUGUCUACAGACGUCACCGAGCGUUAUGCUCUGACCAUGCGUAUCUUUGUCAAAGCGCUCGAACAGACCCCGCGUAUCGACCUGUUCUUCGACCUCAUAUCAGUGUACUCGACGAACCUCUCUAUCGACACCGUGCGGCUCACGCACUUCCUAUACGGGCGUAUCGCGUUGAACCCAAACCUGCCAUUCCGGCGCAACGUAUUGUACCGUUUUAUCGCGUGGUUCGAAGACACGUCUCGCAGUUGGAGCGAUAAGGGCCAUUUCAUACGCCUGAUUGUCACUCCGACACUAUCUGUCCAUGCGUUAUCGUCUCCAGAUCAUCGUGGGUUACUAGACGAGCACAUCAUUGACUGGAUGCUCAACCAUAUCUGGACACCGAUGAUUGACAAUUCGGCUUUCGCUGAUGCAGAAGAUACUUUCAAGGUCGAGUUGUUGCAUAUGACCACCGUUAUGGUCCAGCACUACCCGGAUCAACUAGAGCCAAUCAGAACAGCAAUCAUUCGAUGCGCCUGGCAUUAUAUUACCAAUAGUGAUGCUUUGGUUACUCAAACCGCUUAUCUUCUGGCGGCUCGUUUCUUCGAGGUGUACGACUCCCCUGAGAAGUUCAUUUUGCGAGCAUGGACUGGUUUACUCAAGCCACCUCACGCUGAAGGGACCAGAUCUCUCGUACGACAAUCUCUCGAGGUUCUUGCACCGGUCCUGCCUCGCUGCAUUUCUACCGAACGCGGCAAGCCAACCUGGGCGAGGGCAACACGUCGCCUACUUGCAGAAGAAGGCAACGGCCUCUCGCAGUUGCUCGUUAUUUACCAGCUCAUCGUCCGCCAUCCUGACUUGUUCUAUCCUGUUCGCGUGUUGUUCGCGCCGCAUAUGGUGUCGUCUUUGCCCAAGCUCGGAUUUUCACCCAUGUCAGGUCACGAAUCACGCCUGCUCUCCUUGGAGGUUCUCCAGGUCCUUUUCGAUUGGGAGCGCAAAGCCUCUUCCUCGGACGUCGAUAUGGAUUCCGUUGAUGUUACCGGCAACGAAGAACGAUCAAACUGGACCAUGCCACUUUCUCUUCGUGAGAGCAUGGUUAGCUAUCUUGUUCGAUUAGCCACGAAUCAACACGAGCCUCCCUUAAGAACCGUGCUCCUUCCACGAGCUCUAUCCCUUUUGCGACUUAUGCUUGGACAUUCGGGGCUAAAAGAUGUCAGCGUCAAGCUGCAUUUCUUCUCCCGAUACUUGGAUCAGGCUGAUCUCACUAACGAGGUUUCACUCCAACAAGCCGUCGGGGCAGCCAAGGUCUUGGAUAUCGUCGCCGCGGAGAAACCCCAAGAGUGGUACCAGGAGCAUGUAGCGAUACUUCAAAAGCUGGUGCGGAAAGGGAUGAUGACGGACGAGGCGGCACUCCACGACUCCUUGCAUCCGAUAUUCGAUCGACUGGUCCGAGCAUAUCCCUUGCCCAAAGAAGACGACGACCAAGGCGGGGAAGCGGCCGAGUUUCAUGCAUGGAUUUAUGCUACCGUCGGCGAAGGAUUAGGGAAAACUGUUGCAUUACGUGGAACCUUGCUCAUGCUGAAGACUGUGGUUUCCGUUACACCGGAGCGCAUCGAAGCGUUUCUCGUAUCACUUAUGCGACUAGGCUCGAAGUUGGCAAAGGAUCACAUAUCGGCGGCGCCGACGGUCCCAGGAUACGAACAUGCAGUCCGAGUUUUGAUCAGCAUAUUUCAGAUAUGCGAAACGGGCGUUGCGUUCCUCGGAGAACAACGGCGUUGGUUCAUCAACUCGCUUCAGAUGAUCGUGGACAAGUCCAAAAGCUCGACGAUGUGCGUGUACGUGCUUGACGUGGCAAGAGACUGGGCGCUCAGCAAGAGGGACCCCUACCCGACUAUGAAGGACAAAGCGCAAAUCCUGCGGACCAUGGUGGCCUACGAGUCUCGAGGCGAUUCGCUCUUCAACAGCUAUCUGGAACUAAUACUGGACAUAUAUACCGAACCGUCCCUACGGAGGAGUGAGCUCACGACCCGGCUUGAAGCGGCGUUCAUUCUAGGGUGUGAUGCGAAGGACACACGUCUCCGAGAGCGAUUCAUGUCGUUGCUAGACUCCAGCGUUCCCCGGUCGCUCCACAAUCGCUUGACGUAUGUGUUGGGCGUCCAGAGUUGGGAGUCGGUUGCCAGUCACCAUUGGAUACAUAUCGCGCUAGCCCUUGUUCUGAGUGCAGCUGAUGGCGAUUACCCCUUGUUACAAUCCGUUGUCUCAUCUCGUGGGGUCUCCGCGCCAUCCUCUCGACGCGUGGGUUCGAUCCUCGAACCUAUGCGUUGCCUGCUUUCCGCAGACCCGCAGGUCGCACACGAGAUGUGGGUUGCUGUGUUUCCCAUCGCGUGGUCUUGUUUGUCCCGCCGAGAGCAAGUUGACAUUACGCACCACAUGAUCGCUCUCCUCAGCAGGGAAUACCACAUCAAGCAGACGGAGUUGCGGCCCAAUGUCAUCCAGACAUUGCUCACCGGUGUUCAUGCGUGCACGCCCCCAAUGUUACUUCCGCCCCAUCUGGUCAAAUAUCUGGCCAAGACCUUCGGCGCUUGGCAUAUCGCGCUCGAAAUCCUCGGCGCCUCCUUGGAGCAUCUCCGUGACGAAGAGAUUUCUAUUCGAGACACAAUCUAUGAUGCGCUUGCCGAGGUGUACGCGGAGAUGGCUGAGGAAGACCUCUAUUAUGGAUUGUGGCGUCGUCGGUGUCUCCAUCCAGAAACAAAUGUUGCAAUCGCUUACGAACAGCAUGGGAUGUGGGAGCAGGCAUGCACCAGCUAUGAGACCGCUCAAAGUAGGGCACGCUCGGGUGCCAUAGCCUUCUCGGAACCUGAGUACUGCUUAUGGGAAGAUCAUUGGGUUUUGGCCAACGAGAAGCUGCAGCACUGGGAUCUUCUGUACGAACUAGGAAGAAACGAAGCCAAUCACGAAUUGAUGCUCGAAGCCGCCUGGAGAAUCAAGGACUGGGGCCAAAACCGUGAAGUGCUUGAAGAGCAAAUCAACCUUCUUCCCGAGGUUGCGACUCCUCGUCGCCGAGUUUUCGAAGCGUUCAUCGCGUUGCUGAAGGCGCCGUCAGCGGUCGAGAAGAAUGUCGAAUUUACUCGAAUCCUAGAGGAUGCCAUGCAGCUAUCGCUACGAAAAUGGGUUGGUCUUCCUUUCCAUCUCUCCGCUGCCCACGUACCUCUUCUGCAGCACUUCCAACAAUUUGUGGAACUUCAAGAGGCCGUUCAGAUAUUUGGCUCGCUCUCGGGGACCACGGCGCAAAACCUCGAAAGGAAAUCUCAGGAUCUCAAAAUGGUCUUGCAAGCCUGGCGGGAGCGAUUGCCCAACAUUGAGGACGAUAUCAGUAUUUGGAGUGAUCUCGUUGCUUGGAGGCAGCGAGUCUUCGAUUCCAUCAACAAGGCAUAUAUUCCUCUGAUCAGCGGCGGUUCGCAGUCCGGAAAUGGGUCCUCCGGGAGCUCCGAUACCUUCGGAUAUCGUGGUUAUCAUGAGACUGCAUGGAUUAUCAACCGUUUCGCACAUGUCGCUCGCAAGCACGAUCUACUUGAGGUUUGCUUCGCUUACCUGAACAAGAUCUAUACCUUGCCCAACAUCGAGAUUUCUGAAGCGUUCUUAAAGCUGCGCGAGCAGGCUCGCUGCCAUUACCAGCGGCCCAACGACCUGCACGCUGGCCUGGAAGUCAUUAACAAUACGAACCUCCUAUACUUUUCUCCAGCGCAGAAGGCGGAAUUUUUUACUCUGAAGGGGAUGUUCCAAGCGCGUUUCGGAAACAAUGAUGAAGCCAAUGCAGCAUUCGGACAAGCAGUGCAGCUGGACAUGAACCAGGCGAAGGCGUGGGCAGAAUGGGGCAAGUACAACGACCGCAUGUUCCAGGAGAACCCGACGGAUCUCUCUCACGCCGCUUCUGCGGUGAGCUGCUACCUACAGGCCGCUGGCAUCUUCAAGAAUGGCAAGAGCCGACCUCUCCUCGCCCGUGUUCUCUGGCUUCUCAGCGUCGAUGACAACAGUCUCUUAAUUUCGCGGCAGUUCGACCAGUAUAAGGGAGAUGGUGCUUGGUGGUAUUGGAUCACGCUGAUACCACAACUAUGCCUUUCAAUGUCCCAAAGGGAAGUAAGCCAAGCACGAUAUGUUCUCCUCAAUUUGGCGAGGUUGUUUCCCCAAGCGUUGUUUUACCAGCUGCGCACAACACGGGAGGAGAUGUCGAUUAUGAAGAAACGUUUAGCUGCGGUUCAGGCUGUGGACACCGCUCGACAAGCUGAUCAGGACCACUCUAUGCAGGAUGUAACAACCGCACAAGGAGCAGAGGCAGCGACUGGCCCUGAUCAAGCUCGUUCGGGCGUCGACAGUUUAGCCUCCACCAGCGCGAACGGCACUACGGGAGCCCACACAUCAUAUACCACCAGGCAGCCAUGGGACGUUGUUGAUGAAGUCGUGAAGAUUCUAAAAACGGCGUUCCCUCUCCUCAUUCUCUGUCUCGAGAGCAUGGUCGAACAAAUCACACAGAGAUUCAGAGCCACUCAAGAGGAGGAUGCUUAUCGUCUUGUCUGCAUGCUUAUGCAAGACGCGAUUAGCACACUUGUUCAUCUGGCCAACACGCCCGAGGACGAAGGGAGAUUACCAGUGCACACAAUUCGCAAUUUGACACAGAUGGCGGUACACUUCCAAGGUUCCAUGCGUGCGGAAUAUGAGGAGGAAUUUCUGCACAGCAAGCCUACUACGUCUGAAUAUGUGCAACGCCUGCAGAAAUGGCGCGACAAAUACGAGAAUUACUUGGAUGCCCGACCACGUGUCAUGUCCCUGGACCUUCUCAGUCACUACCUGACAGAAUUCCAGUAUGGCAAAUAUGACGAGAUCGAAGUUCCUGGUCAAUAUCUACAUGAGUGUGAUAACAACCAGAAUUUCGUUCGCAUACAGAAAUUCGACCCCAGAUUCGAAAAUUGCAGGACGGCGGGGUUCUGUUGGAAGCGCCUUACCAUUCACGGCCACGACAACUCGAGGACGACGUUUGCGGUGCAGUUGCCGUCUAAUAGACAUUGUCGCCGAGAAGAACGAGUCAUGCAGAUUUUCCGCACGUUCAAUGGGCAUCUCGAACGACGGAAGGAAGCUCGCAAACGCGGGUUACAGUUCCAUCUUCCUAUCGCGGUUCCGUGCAGUCCGCAACUACGUUUGGUGCAAAGUGACAAUUCGUACAUCACAUUGGGGGAUAUAUACGAUCAGUAUUCCAAGGCUCACGGCUUUGAGAGAGAAGAGCCGAUCGUAGCUAUAUGCAACAAAUCCAAGGCCAUCUUGAAAGAUUUCAACACCUUGAAUGGCAGGAGGCCAACCAAGGCCGAAUACUUCACCCUCAAGAAGGAUCUUCUCGAUGAGGUGCAAGCAAAACUGGUUCCUGAUGACAUCCUGCUCAAGUAUAUGAUGCGAGUCAUGGAUGGCCCGCAAGAGCUAUGGCGGAUGCGCAAACAAUUCGCACUCGAGCUAGCAGCUUCUAGCUUCAUGACAUACAUUUUCUGCUUGAUGGGCAGGGUACCAGUGCGAUUCCACGUCUCGACAGCCACCGGACGCAUGUUCAUGAGUGAGCUGGCGCCGUCGCUCAAUAGCAAUUCGCCAGUCUUCGCCACCAGCGACACGGUGCCUUUCCGGUUGACCCCGAACUUGCAACGCUUCCUUGGUCUCGUUUCUAUCGAGGGAGUUUUCAGUGCCUCCAUCAUUGCGAUCGCGCGGUGCUUGACCGUGCCCCAGUAUGAACUCGACUUCUCCCUUUGCCUCUUCGCUCGAGACGAGGUCAUGGCAUGGCUUGCUGCACGCGAUGCUAGCGCCAGCAAACCUGCUACGUACGAUAUCGCGUUCCGGAACAGUGUGCAAGCCAAUAUCGACAUGAUCGUUAAGCGGGCUGAAACUAUGGCUUGCAAGCUGGAGCGCGAACAGGCUACACAGGCGUCUGGGACGAACAGCAAUGUCAUCCCUGUGUGUCAGACUGUAGUUAACCUCAUCUCGACUGCAACAAACCCUAUCAACCUGGUGAAAAUGACGGAGCCUUAUCAUCCCUGGUUCUGAGUAUAAUACCCUCCUGUGUAUUAGUCUAUCCUAUUUAAUCAGUAUUCAGGCAUCCACAGCACAGUACUGUAACCUCCUCGUGAUCACCCUCUGGUCCGGUUCACCAUUCCCUGAGUCUGCUUGAAUGUGCGAAUGAACUUCUCGCAAUCAAGCAUGGUAUCCUCUGCCAUCUUGUACACGUCCGAAUGUGGCCCGUUGUACAUCAUCGCGUUUGCAAACAUUAGGUAGAUGUCACGCUGGAAUUCAGUGACAUCGGCGAUGCUUCCAUCUCGAAUCUUUGCCUUGAUGGUCUUAAGGUCCAUCGGUCGCUUAACAAUUUCUCGAUAAUCAGGAGCUUCGGUAUGGCGAAUGGGGUUGUGAAAAAUGUUUCCAUUACGGUGCUCCAUGAUCUGGGCAUGGAGCAUGAUGAUAGCUUGUUGGAAUCUUUUGUGCGAAAACAGAUCCUCUAUACCACGCCGCCGGCGGCCUGCUCCUGCGCCGGUAUCUUGACCUUCAUCAUCGACCGGUUCGGAAUCCUCUCGGGCCCGUUUUCUCGAGCGACCGUCACUUUCGCCACCGUCCACGGCUUUUCGUUUGCCUUCGCGUCUACGUUCUCCAGGAGACGACGGUGAGAAUGGGGUAUCUGUAUCUGCAUCCGGGGUGUCAGCGGGUGUCUCCAACGCUGUCCUGGGCGUGGCGAGAGUUGACUGUUGGCCCGCCGUCUGCUCAUCUGUAGGGGCGGGCGUGCUCGGGGCUGUGAUAGUCUGUAUAUCGGGUUGUUCUUCAUGAUCUGAAUCCUCUGCUUUGUCAUUAUCGGUGUCCUUGAGAGAGCUGGUAUCACGAGUGUUCUCUGGUGUAGCGUGCACCGCGGAGGCGUCUUCUGCGUCUUGCCUCUCUUCGUCCUCCCUCUCUUCUUCUUCAAGAUCUGGAGAUGCGUCGUGAGGGCUUGGCUGAGUGCCUUUGUCUUCUUGGUUAUCUUCGCCUAGGACGGAUGUAUCGCGUUUGAGAUCGGGUUUCUGCUGCAAAACCUCAUGUUCCUCAGCUUCCCCUGGAGAAGCGAUAAUUGGGGGUUCGUCUUCGCGUUGCAGUUCUGCAGCUGCCGGACUUGUUUUCGUCUUACGCUCGCGCUUGCCGGGUACCUUGUCAUCCCAGGCACCGGAACGUAUUUCCUCGAUUUCGCGAACGACGUUCUUGAACUUGGUUUCCUCGGCCGCAAUGAGCUCCUUGAGUUCGUUGGCGCGGGCCAUCCAAUGUUUCUCUGCUAGCCUAUAGUGGAGCGGCGCUUUCGGCGGAACAUCGUCAGCGGGUAGCUCGAAUUCAGCCUCUCUCAUGAGUCUAAGAUAUAGCGCAUUGCAGGUUCUGGGGGACCAGAAGCUCUUUGGCCGUUUCAGCAUGGGAUGCCGGGAGAGGAGUGCCGAGACGUUCUCCCAACGCGGAAUACCGACUUCAUACACAGCCUGUGCGAGGAUCAAACUCUCGAUAUUGCUCAAAUGAACCUCUUCCGGAUUCACGAUUUUGGGCGGCAUGUCGGUCUCGCUGGGACGGUGAGCGUUCGGGACAAGUCACGACUGAGCGACUUCGGUAAUUGCCGCCAGGGCGAUUUCUCGGCGUUGACAGUGGGUUAACCAGCGGCAAGCCGAUAUCGACUCCCCUCGUAAUUAAUGCGCCGCAGUGGGACCGUCUGUAUAUCGUGAUAUGCCCUCG